AUUGACAUCCACUGUCAUUCAGCACGGAGAGCAGCUGACUGGACUGAUAAGCGAGCAUGGGCUUCGCUUGAUAACUCGUGUCACAAGCAAUUUAUUUACCAAUCGUAGAGGUUGUGUUUUGUUUUUACUAAACUCCGUCGACAGCGAGCCGAAGGGAGGCAACAGAAAUAUAUCGCGCAAUAUCAAGUGAGUCAGUGCGGCGACCACCAAGCCAAGAGGCCCGGAGUAGCGCGGCGCGAUGCGGCUGAUCAUCCUGGACGACGCGGACGUGGUGGCGGAGUGGGCGGCGCGCUUCGUGCUGCAGCGCGUGACGCAGUUCGCGCCCGGGCCCGGCCGCCACUUCGUGCUGGGGCUGCCCACGGGCGGCACGCCGCUCGGCAUGUACCGCAAGCUCAUCCAGUUCCACCGCGAGGGCAAGAUCUCCUUCAAGCACGUCACCACCUUCAACAUGGACGAGUAUGUCGGUCUCCCGCGCGACCACCCCGAGUCGUACCACUACUACAUGUGGAACGAGUUCUUCCGGCACGUGGACAUCGAGCCGGCCAACGCGCACGUGCUGGACGGCAACGCGCCCGACCUCGUGGCCGAGUGCCAGCGCUUCGAGGACCUCAUCCAGCAGGCCGGCGGCGUGCACCUCUUCAUCGGGGGCAUCGGGCCCGACGGGCACAUCGCGUUCAACGAGCCGGGCUCGUCGCUGGUGUCGCGCACGCGCGUCAAGACGCUGGCCUACGACACGCUGGAGGCCAACAAGCGCUUCUUCGGCAACGACAUCUCCAAGGUGCCGCGCCAGGCGCUCACCGUCGGCGUCGGCACCGUCAUGGACGCUAAGGAGGUGAUGAUCCUGAUCACGGGCGUGCACAAGUCGCUGGCGCUGGCCAAGGCGGUGGAGGAGGGCGUGAACCACAUGUGGACGGUGUCGGCCUUCCAGCAGCACGCGCAGACGCUGUUCGUGUGCGACGAGGCCGCCACGCUCGAGCUGCGCGUCAAGACCGUCAAGUACUUCAAGGCGCUGAGCGAGGAGCACCAGAAGAUGAUCGAGGGCAAGCCCGUGGACGAGCAGCGCGUCAUACACUGACGGCGCGCGGGCCCGCUGCCCCUACUCACCAACAUUCGCGCCGAAGCCUGCCCAUCUUCUGCCUCGUAAACUAAACAAAUUAAAUUCCUCCCUCAGUUUGUAAAUUCAACUUCGGCUCCUGUCCGAGAGCUGCGUACGUUAUUAGGUUUAGGAAUAUCGAAAUUGGUGCUGCCAUGACACAAAAUACUUUAGUGAUAAGCAUACUUUAGUGUCUUUACUAAUGAACCUCAACCCGGUGCAUUCCAGAGUCUCAUGGUGGAGCACAACAAAUUGUUAGAGAUCACACGGUGAGCUACAUUCCACAAACUAUUGUUUUUAUACUCUAGAUAAUAAGCUUAUCGAUUUAUGUAUCGUUAUUGCAUUUGAUAUUUAAAAGUUCGAAAUUUUUAUAUUAUGAUAUUAA